AUGGCCUACGUGUACAAGCGGCAACGCACAACGUCCGAGUAUGAGGAGCUCAAUGUCUCGGCUUUUGUAGAGAGCUGCAUUCACUUCAAGCCCAACCUGCUCUUCUACACCGCGGCCGAGGGAAAGCAGUUUGCCAACGAGGCUAUGCAGAAUGUCCCACAACAACCUAAUAUCGUGCUGCUUCUAGGCAAUGAGAAGCAGCUGCGGGACGAAAAGGCACUGAGCAGCUUCUUCCCGUACUACAGCAAGGCGGUGGCGUCGGCAAUUAACGUCGCUGCUGUCAGCAAAAACUAUGUGGCAGAGAUUACGCCGCAUGCACGCAUUCUAGUUGGCAUGGUCCCUACCAAUGCGUCGCGUCACAAUUGCCCUUUGCGACCAGACGUGGUUUCCACCCUGGUUAAGGAUGCAAUUACGCAAGCUCGUCUGCUAGAUAGGGAAAAUUCCUCUUUCAGGUCCGUUGAUAUUUACUCUUGCGAGUCGCAGAAUGAACUUUGCAUCGCCACCGCCAUCGCACGUGGUGCAAACCGCAACUUCUCGGCGAAACGCGGCCGUGCAGAGAAGGGCUAUUUGGAACCUGGUCUUUCGGUCCGCGUGUUCUUCGCGCCCAACACUACCAAGCUCAGUUUGGCAGAGGCUGAGAGCGUGUUCGCGUGCGGAAGCCGCCACGCGUUGGAAGUGGCAGCGCUGGUGGUGCAGUUGUGUCAACGGCUCGUGGAUGCCCCGACGAACCUGCUUGACACCACCACUUUCGCGGAAAUUGCUGCAGGUCACGUGGAAAAGCUGAAGGCGCAGGGACGCGACGUUUCCAUUGAUAUUAUCGCUGGGGAGGAAUUGCGUGAAAAAGGGUAUGGUGGGCUCUACGGCGUCGGCAAGGCGGCAGAGUUUCCCCCGCACCUUGUCACACUUUCAUACCGCCCAUCCAAUGGCAUCGACCCGCAAGAGAAGCUGGCGCUCGUGGGAAAGGGCAUUGUGUAUGACACGGGCGGCUUGUCCAUCAAGCCUCCCAGUGGCAUGUGCAGCAUGAAGCAUGAUAUGGGAGGUGCGGCGGCGGUCUUUUGCGGAUUUCUUGGCCUGGCUAUGCUGGAGGCGCCUCAGCAGGUUGCAUCCUUGUUGUGCCUCGCAGACAAUGCCGUGGGGCCGCGGUCCCAGCGCAGCGAUGACAUCGUCCGCAUGAAGUCCGGUCACACGGUUGAAAUCAACAACACCGACGCGGAAGGACGACUUGUCCUGGGUGACGGUGUCUAUCAUGCCUCCGCGCUGCUGCCCUACACCCCUGACGUCAUUCUCGACAUGGCGACCCUGACAGGCGCGCAGGGCGUCGCCACCGGCCGCGCUCACGCUGCCCUCUACGCCAACAACGGAGGCAUCGAGGACCGCCUUCUAAGCGCGAGUCGCACAUGUGGUGACCUUUGCUUCCCGAUCGUGCAUUGCCCUGAGUUUCACUCGUCGGAGUUUACCAGCAAGGUCGCUGAUAUCCGCAACAGCGUGGCGAAUCGGGGCAAUGCAAGCGCAAGCUGUGCAGCAUAUUUUGUCGGCACGCACAUCGACUCCAAAUACAAAGGCGACUGGGCGCACAUAGACAUGGCGUCACCGGUUUCACACGAUGAGGCCACUGGGUUUGGAGUCGCACUUCUGCUACAGACGUUCGCCCCGUCUAUUUACGGCUCCGCAUGA